AGCUGCCCUGUGGAGGUGGGAGGGGGACAGAGGUGUGUCUAGUCCCUACAGUGGAGGGAGGAUGGAGGGCAGAGGGGACAGAGGUGUGUCUAGUCCCUACAGUGGAGGGAGGAUGGAGGGCAGAGGGGACAGAGGUGUGUCUAGUCCCUACAGUGGAGGGAGGAUGGAGGGCAGAGGGGACAGAGGUGUGUCUAGUCCCUACAGUGGAGGGAGGAUGGAGGGCAGAGGGGACAGAGGUGUGUCUAGUCCCUACAGUGGAGGGAGGAUGGAGGGCAGAGGGGACAGAGGUGUGUCUAGUCCCUACAGUGGAGGGAGGAUGGAGGGCAGAGGGGACAGAGGUGUGUCUAGUCCCUACAGUGGAGGGAGGAUGGAGGGCAGAGGGGACAGAGGUGUGUCUAGUCCCUACAGUGGAGGGAGGAUGGAGGGCAGAGGGGACAGAGGUGUGUCUAGUCCCUACAGUGGAGGGAGGAUGGAGGGCAGAGGGGACAGAGGUGUGUCUAGUCCCUACAGUGGAGGGAGGAUGGAGGGCAGAGGGGACAGAGGUGUGUCUAGUCCCUACAGUGGAGGGAGGAUGGGAUGGAGGGCAGAGGGGACAGAGGUGUGUCUAGUCCCUACAGUGGAGGGAGGAUGGAGGGCAGAGGGGACAGAGGUGUGUCUAGUCCCUACAGUGGAGGGAGGAUGGAGGGCAGAGGGGACAGAGGUGUGUCUAGUCCCUACAGUGGAGGGAGGAUGGAGGGCAGAGGGGACAGAGGUGUGUCUAGUCCCUACAGUGGAGGGAGGAUGGAGGGCAGAGGGAACAGAGGUGUGUCUAGUCCCUACAGUGGAGGGAGGAUGGAGGGCAGAGGGAACAGAGGUGUGUCUAGUCCCUACAGUGGAGGGAGGAUGGAGGGCAGAGGGAACAGAGGUGUGUCUAGUCCCUACAGUGGAGGGAGGAUGGAGGGCAGAGGGAACAGAGGUGUGUCUAGUCCCUACAGUGGAGGGAGGAUGGAGGGCAGAGGGGACAGAGGUGUGUCUAGUCCCUACAGUGGAGGGAGGAUGGAGGGCAGAGGGGACAGAGGUGUGUCUAGUCCCUACGGUGGAGGGAGGAUGGAGGGCAGAGGGGACAGAGGUGUGUCUAGUCCCUACAGUGGAGGGAGGAUGGAGGGCAGAGGGAACAGAGGUGUGUCUAGUCCCUACAGUGGAGGGAGGAUGGAGGGCAGAGGGGACAGAGGUGUGUCUAGUCCCUACAGUGGAGGGAGGAUGGAGGGCAGAGGGGACAGAGGUGUGUCUAGUCCCUACGGUGGAGGGAGGAUGGAGGGCAGAGGGGACAGAGGUGUGUCUAGUCCCUACAGUGGAGGGAGGAUGGAGGGCAGAGGGAACAGAGGUGUGUCUAGUCCCUACGGUGGAGGGAGGAUGGAGGGCAGAGGGAACAGAGGUGUGUCUAGUCCCUACAGUGGAGGGAGGAUGGAGGGCAGAGGGGACAGAGGUGUGUCUAGUCCCUACAGUGGAGGGAGGAUGGAGGGCAGAGGGGACAGAGGUGUGUCUAGUCCCUACAGUGGAGGGAGGAUGGAGGGCAGAGGGGACAGAGGUGUGUCUAGUCCCUACAGUGGAGGGAGGAUGGAGGGCAGAGGGGACAGAGGUGUGUCUAGUCCCUACGGUGGAGGGAGGAUGGAGGGCAGAGGGGACAGAGGUGUGUCUAGUCCCUACGGUGGAGGGAGGAUGGAGGGCAGAGGGGACAGAGGUGUGUCUAGUCCCUACAGUGGAGGGAGGAUGGGAUGGAGGGCAGAGGGAACAGAGGUGUGUCUAGUCCCUACGGUGGAGGGAGGAUGGAG